AUGUUUGCAUUUAUAAAUAAUUCCCUUUCUCGAAUGCGUCGUAAUGCGGAUACAACAUUCGGACCACAACCCAUACGCAUUGGCUUACUCGGCUUUGGUCAUCUUGGACAAUUUCUCUGUGCACAUUUCGAACGUGAACGUACAAAACCGACGCGGGACUUUGAUCUUGUUUUUAUUUGGAAUCGUUCGACGACAAUUUUUACUAAAUAUGGUAAAGAUCUAAAUCAAGAAUUGCUUGUUUCAACUGUUCAAGAAGGUUUACAACGUUUACCUGACUUAGUUGUUGAAGCAGCACAUCCUGAUGUUAUAAGAAUAUAUGGCGAACAAAUACUUGAUGUAUGUGAUCUAUUCAUUGGAUCACCGACAGCUCUUGCUUUUGCACCACUCGAGGCUAGAUUGAGGAAAAAAAGUAUGGAAUCUGGUCAAGUUAUCUAUGUAGCAAACGGUGCUUUUUGUGGUGCGGACGAUAUUGUUAAAAUGAGUGAACGCGAUCUAGUUCGAUCUUUAACAAUUACCAUGAGAAAACAUCCAGAUUCGUUUAAAUUAAGUGAACCCCUACGUUCAAAACUAAUACAUGAGCGGGGAAAACUCGAUAAUGAUGAAGAAGAAAUCGUUAUUUAUUCCGGACCGGUACGUGAACUAUGUCGAUUAGCACCGCAUAAUGUCAAUCCGAUGGCUGUGGGUGCUAUUGCUGCUGAACAUCUCGGUUUUGAUGGGGUUCAAGGGCGUUUGAUUGCCGAUCCAUCAUUAAUUGACCGACAUGUUGUUGAAAUUGAAUUGAGUGGACCAGAGACAGUUAUAGGCGAUAAAAAAAAGACAACAUUUCAUAUAAAAACAGUAAGAACAAAUCCAGCUGAAAUAGGUUAUAUCACUGGUACAGCAACACUUCUUUCGUUUGUCAGUAGUAUUAAACAUGCUAAAGGUCAGACUGCUGGUAUUCAUGUUGUUUAA